UCAUGGUAAACUGGUUUCAGUUUGUGGCAGGCCUUGUUUGAGAUCAGGUCGUUACGAGUUUCUUUAUACAAAAAUCUUAUCGCAAUCAUAAUUAAUUUUUUCUGGAAAAUGCAAUUGUUUAUUUUAACCCUUUUGAGUUGCCUUCUGGCCGUUCAAGCCAGUGCUGUGGCGGAGGUUUUCGCAGCUAACGGUGUAGUGCCCGACGUCAUUUCUGAAGCACCUUCCCAAUUGCUUAAGGUAACCUACAAAAAUGGACUUGUGGCCAAGGAUGGAGUGGAACUAACACCUACCCAAGUAAAGGAUCAGCCCAAUGUGGAAUGGGACGCACAGCCUGGUGAAUUCUAUACUCUUAUCAUGACCGAUCCCGAUGCUCCAAGUCGAGCGGAGCCGAAAUUCCGCGAAUUCAAACAUUGGGUGUUGGUCAACAUUGCUGGCAACGACUUGGCCAGUGGAGAGCAGAUCGCUGGCUAUGUGGGCUCCGGACCUCCAAAGGGAACUGGACUGCAUCGCUACGUCUUCCUGUUGUACAAGCAGUCUGGAAAGCUUGAGUUUGAUGAAGAGCGUGUUAGCAACAAGUCAACGAAGGACCGACCGAAAUUCAGCGCAGCCAAGUUCGCUGAAAAGCACGAGCUAGGUAAACCCAUUGCCGGUACUUUUUACCAAGCUCAGUACGACGACUAUGUGCCCAUACUACACCAGCAACUGGCAUCUAACUAAGAUGUUAAGAAAUCGAUCAAAUUAAGUGUAAAUCACAUCAAUGUUUUGAGAAAUUUUGUCACAAUGUUUAAAGGAAAAUAACCAACUCAAAAGCCGUUCUGUAAACAAAUUAUUCUUUAAUGGUAAAGUUAAAAGUUGGUUUUAAAACCAUUACCAUAAACUUUAAAAUCAAACACUUGCAAACCAUUUGUUCCACCCAGACAAUAUUUCUAAAAAAAAUCCACUGCAUUAGACGUUUUUGUUAAAGUAUA